AUGAACUGUACAAUUGGCGUGAUGAAGGGAUCCAAUAUUUUUAAUGCAACUUCAUCAUCGUACAGUGACGAAACUCUAAACUCAACAUUCAACUCGACUGUCAAUUUGUACGAUGAACUGAAAUUCUCGCGUCCCAUCCUGGAAUCGAUGUACAACUACUGGGGCAGCGUCACUUCCAGCAACUACACAACAAUCCACAUCAACUGCAGUCCGCCAUCCGGUCGAUACGUUAUAAUACAACAGGACAACAACGGUCGCGGGUAUUUAACGCUGUGUGAAAUAGAAAUUUACCUCAGUGACCCAACCUCUCCGAACACAUUCCAAUCACCAGCCCCAACGAUAGUAGAACCACUUGAAAUAGAAUGCUGCUGCACUUGUUGCUCACUUUCAAACAUUUAUACUUGCAGCACGUGUUCCGCGCCAAAAUUAUCGAAAGCCAAAUCCUGCGCCCUGACUUUAAAAGUUUUUAAUCCAAAUAAAAAUGUUCUACUACCUCCGGCUCUGAUGAAUGGAAGCUGCUUCAAAGAUAGAUUGGAUGCGACAGAUACCUUCAAACAAAUGGAAGACGAUGUGGAACGUGCAGCAAAGCGCAAUCUGAAAGAAAAAGAAGAAAGAGGCUUCAAAUUGUCUGACCUUCUGAUCAGCUGUCUGUUCGAUGGCGAACCAUGCGAUUAUGAUAGAGAUUUCCAACAAUUUUACAACCCUUAUUACGGCAACUGCUACGUCUACAAUUCCAUGUGGAACGCUUCCAUUGAGCAGAAAAAUAGUCGAAAUAUCGGACCGAAAAAUGGAUUACAAAUGCUGUUGAAAGCGACGAUUGGAGAGAAAACUUGGGCAGUCGAAAGUGUGUUGGGAAUGAAGGUGGUGGUGCUGCCUGGCAAGCAGCUGUCAUUCCCGGAAGAUGAGGGAUUAAUUGUUCGGCCUGGGAGUAGCACGUUCCUCUCUUUGAAAGAACAAAAAGUUGAAAGACUGGAUAGUCCACACCAGAAAUGUAUUUCAGAUGACGACAUCAACUUGGUGCUGGAAAGUAGCUUCUAUUCUGAAUUGUAUGGAGUAGAAUAUAGACCAAGCGCAUGUAAAAAAACAUGCUAUCAGAAAAAUGUUGUAAAACAAUGUGGAUGUUUCGACGCGCGCUUUCCUUGGCUACCUCGCCCAUAUGAAAGCCAUCCUUCUCUUGAUGUCUGCUCUAGAUCAAGUAUAAGGCAGGAUGACUGCAUGUACAAUGUAACCAUGCAGUUCAACUUGAACCUGCUCUCUUGUGACUGUCCCGAAAGAUGCAGAUAUUCCAAAUACGAAUCAAUGCUAUCGUACGGGUUUUGGCCAUCUGUCCACUCAAAAGAUCGCCUGAUUUCAAAACUCGGUCAACUUGGCGGCGACCCGGAGUUCCUUCUUCGGCACCAACUCUUGCAGUUGAAUGUGUACUAUUCGGAUCUCAGAGUCCAAGUAAUGAGCGAGUAUCGCGAGUACAAAGGCUUUGGAGGUGGAGCGCGGAGCAACGAUAUUUUAGUCGGAGCGUGA